AUGUUACUGGCACCGAGGAGCAGCCUGCCCCUACUGAGUCUGCUAGCACCACUGGCUGGACUACCUCGACUGUUUACACAACAAACGUUCGCACCAUCACCUCUUACUAUCGCCAUCUCAACCACCGUCUGCCCUGUCACUGAGGUCCAUCCUUCCAAGCCUAUCACCAAGGUCAUCACGGAGAACGGAUCUACCAAGACCAUUGCUACUACUGAGGAGCACGUCACCAAGCCCGCUACCCAGGUGUAUCCCACGGAAGUUGUUUCUACUCAACCCGCCACUGAAGAGCAACCCACCAAGCCUGCCACAGAGGAGCACCCUACUAAGCCUGUGACCGGAGGCCAAUCCGGAGCUGGAUCUACUCAGCCCGCUGUUCCUUCUACUACCGAGUACACCACUUCAACUGUCUACACGACCAACGUCCGCACAGUCACUUCUUGCGCGCCUGGCGUUCCCGAUUGCCCUGCUACACCUCAUGUCACUACUGAGACUAUCGCUAUCUCUACCACCAUUUGCCCCGUGACCGAGCAGCAGACUAAGCCUCAAGCCACUGGUCCUGAGCCCACUGGUCCUGAGCCCACUGGUCCUGAGCCCACUGGUCCUAAGCCCACUGAGCCCAAGCCCACCGAGCCCAAGCCUACCGAGCCUCAUGCUACCGGACCUCACCCCACUGAGCCAGCCAAGACCACAGGUUACACUACCUCAACUGUCUACACCACCAGUGUCCGAACUGUCACUACCUGCGCUCCUGGUACUCCCGAUUGCCCCGAAGGUCCCCAUGUUGUCACCGAAACCAUUGCUAUCUCUACUACUGUGUGCCCUGUUACUGAGGAACAGUCUGCCCCUACCAAGCCUUCUGAACCUGAGCAGCCCCAGCAACCCGAGCAGCCUGGACAGCCCGAGCAACCUGCUCCUACCAAGCCUGCUGGCGGCAACGAGCCUCACUACCCAGUUCCCACCCAGCACAUCGUGACCACCGGCUACUCCACUUCUACCAUCUACACCACCGCUAUCCGCACCGUCACAGCCUGUGCUCCUGGUACCCCUGACUGCCCCGAAGGUCCCCAUGUUGUCACCGAGACCAUCGCGCUCUCUACCACUAUCUGCCCUGUCACCAAGACUCAGAUCAUCCCCGGUCCUGGAGCUACCUAUGGCCCUCGUCCUGGUAACAUGACUUCCACUCUUUACACUACCAAGUACUUCACUGUCACUGCCUGCCCUCCUCAGGUCACAGACUGCCCCAUCGGUCAGGUCACUUCCUCCGUGUACGCCACAGCCACUACUCAGAUCCAGCAGUGGCAACCUUCCAACUCUGGCGUCUACCAGCCUCCCGCUCCUACCAACAACGUUCCUCCUACCGUGCCCACCACUUACAUCGGCAACCACGGUAACCAGACGACUACCUUCUACCGCUCUACCACCAAGCUGUACGAGACUCCUGUGCACACUCCCAAGCCCAUCGAGACUACUCAGACAGUCGAGACUCUCCACACCACUGCUUCUGUGAAGCCAUCUGCUCCCUACUACGCCCCUCCUCCUUACUAAGGACAUGAACAUGAGCAUUCCAUGAGUCUGGAACCAGGAUGCUACCAUUGCAUAUAUUUAGAAUGACAUAUCUUAUCACGAUUAUUACGACCUGUUUUGUAUUUAGAUUUCUGUUUAUUAUUAGUACACGAAAAAAGCAAUUAUUAGCUUAGAUAGCAAUAGCGUCAAUACGACAUACAUCUUUCAUUAUUA